ACGUUGAUCAGAAAAGUCUGGAAGUAAACAAGAUGGGAUAGAAAAUCUGGGCAAGAGAUCUGUAUGUAAUUACCAAGUAUAAUCAAUAGCUAAGUCUUUUGCCAUGUGCUGUGUAUAAAAUAUACACCUUUCGAACUAAUUUAAUAAGUCUCAACAUACAAUCACAAUGAAUGGUGAAGCGUCAUCCUCAUCACCACAGUCUCAGACUGAGGACGAUAAAAAAUCUCCGAAUGAUGAUGAUCAACACGGGACAUAUGAAUGCAACAUCUGCCUCGAAACCGCAAAUGACCCUGUUGUUAGUAUGUGUGGCCACUUGUUCUGGUAGGUACACGCAUAUAAGUAUGUUUAUAAUUAUAGCUAUAUUACACAAAUAUUUUCUCUUAAAGCUUUGAAAUUUUAUUUAUUAAAUAGGGCCUACAUUUGAUUUAAUUUAUACUACUUUUAAUACCAAGUCUUGGCAAGUGAUUUUCAUUAAUUAUCAAGUACAGUUGAGCCCACUUACCUCAACCUCGAUUAACUUGCCAACCAUGUUAAGUCGACGUUUUUGAAAUGGAACCGCCAAAUUCUCUGUUUUUAGGUUAAAAAUCGGUUAUGUCGAUUCUUUUAUCUCGCCGGACCCUAAUAUCUCGAGCUCUAAAGGGGGCCAAAUUUGCCACUUAACGUCGGUUAUCUCGAUCCCCAUGACCAAUCGUCUGCUUUUGAACUCCGCAAGAAGAAAUAGAUAACAACAAAUAAACUAAACAAGUUUUGCAUGAUUAAAAAUUACUAUUUAUUUCUCAAAAUACAGGACUUGUGUUUUGGAAUGAACCUAGAAGUAAUUUAAAUAAAUAUCUUUUAAUUUAUUUUGAGGUUUAAAAAACCCGGUAGUUCAUAUUAUAAAUCAUCAUUAUUUGCAGAUAGCAAAACGUCAUGGCAUGGGCAGCCAUUCAUGGUCACUUGCAUAAUAACUAUGCCGUGGUACUACCUCAGAGUUUAAGUAAAAGGAGUUUGCCGUGUUAAAAACUAUUAAACCAUAUAAACCAUUGGUCAGGGAAAGCUUUAAUGAAAUAGUCAAUUGCCAAAGUUGAAAUUUCUAAAUAAGUAAUCCCUAAAUUGUAUUUUAGUAAUGAGGGGAUGCGUUGCCUUAUGCGAUUUAUAUAAACUAUAUAGCCAUUGCGCAUGAUGCAAUCAGCAGAAUGAGUCACAAAAUGUGGAGGUGCAGUAGAUAGUAGAAAAUACCGAACAAAAAGACACUUUAAAUAAAAAUUCUUAGCUCAAAAAGAUUGAAGCUAAAAAAUCGAUUCUGUUUUCAUUUUUUUAAUUUGAAAUUUGCUCUAAAUAACUAAUAUAAAAAAUUUUUUUUUUCUGAAGUACCCACAUUUACUAAAGCACAUCAUGUACAUGAAGAAAUUUAAAGUACAUGUUAAUAUAUUGCCUCCAUAAUGGUUUUCGUUUAUCUCGAUCAGCGGUUAUCUCAACACUUUUAGGCAAACCCCUAGGCCGUCGACAUAACCGGGUUCUACUGUAGAAUAAGUAUAAUAGUAUAAUAGAGCAAACUUUAUAAAAAAAAAUGAAACAAAAAUGAUUUUUUUAUCAGUAGUUGCUGAGCUAUGAAUUUGCAAAGUAUGCCUUCGUUUUUCCUUUUUUAACAGGCCCUCAUCUCCAUAGUCUGUGACCCAAUUCCGCUUUUCACAUUAUGAGCUAUAUAACUGUUGUUAAAUGAUAAUUUUAUAUGACUUUUAUUUUCAGAAUUAAAUCUGUACCCAAAUCUAUUCAUUAAUGGUUAAUAUGAAGUAUAUUAAAAAUGAAAUUUUCCAUUUCAAGUUCAACUUAAAAGGUUCAAAAGAAAAAAAAAGCGUGCUAAAAUAAAAGUGCUGUCUUUUGAUUGUUUGAAAAAAAGAAUUACCUAUAUUUAAUCAUUUCUACCAUGUGGCCAUUUUACCAUAAUUUUCUGGGGAGGGAGACCCCUCUUCCCACUUUCAAUACAAAAAUAAGAAAAAGAAACAAAAAAGAUUUCUGGGAAGAACCCCUCCCUACACUUUCAAGCCUAAACUGUAUCAAAUAAAUGCAAAGCUAAAAAUCAAAAUCUUAAGUAUAUGGAACUAUGGUGGGUAGUUGACUUGGUGGAAACUUCAUGACCGAUAUACCAUGGAAGACAUCACCAGCCUAACCACCUAAACCCAAUCUUAGCCUAACAAUGGGUACUUCUCGUAUCACCCAGGGAAACUCUGAAAAUUGGGUAAUGUGAUUUCAUUAUCAAUAUGGUAACCUCCACGGUUAAAUUUACCAUGAGUAAAGUUCUUUCAGAUGUUUUAGCAGAUUAUAGACCAGCAUGCACUAUCUAUUUCCACUCAUAUCUUAGAGUAGAAAUCUUGUUUUCUCAUUAGACAUGUUGUUCUAAAAAGAAUUUUAGGUCUUAAAUUUGAAAUUCAGAAGCAAAAUUAUGCUUACUUUACUCAUUCAUAUAUUAUUUUGUGGACAAUAUAUAUCUCUUAAACGAAAAGAUGUUCAGGGUGGUCACAAACCAGACUGAAAUUUUAAAUGUUCUCUCCCUAACUGUGUUAAAUUGCAGUUCCUAGAGCACACAAGUAAAUUGCCAAUAUUCAAAUACUGGGUAUUCAGUAGCUGGGUUCUUAACCUUUUUUGCAGCAUCGCACCUGCACGCCCUCUCAAUUAGUUGUGUGCAAAAUCAGGGGACUGGUUUUAGUUUGACAACUGCUGACAAGCUUGGCGGUGGAUUCAAGUGGCUGGUUGAGUUAUGUAAUGUUCAAAACCAAAAAAAGUUUUCCAUUUUAAUCUUUUAGCUGGCCAUGUGUACACCAGUGGCUGGAAACAAGGCCUCACAGACAGACAUGCCCAGUAUGCAAAGCUGGGAUUAGUAAAGACAAAGUGAUUCCAAUAUAUGGACGUGGAAAUCCUAAUCCUCAAGACCCAAGGUGGUAAAUUUAGUUUCAUGUUAUAUUUUGCCAUACACACUUUUAUGAUUUUAAAAAGGGAGAUAAUUAGUAAAUUUGUAUAAGAUAAGGUGGGUGACCAGAAAGAUCCACAAAGCCAUAGCUGUGCACAGGAAAAAUUCACUUAUCAACAUUAGCGCACACUAAUAAUUGCGUACACGGCAAUUCCGCACACAGACAAUUGUGAACCUUGAUUAUUUUGGACAGACACAAUUGCUCAACAUAUCAAGGAAAUUUUAUUUAACCCUCGAACUGUGGUCGGCAAUGAAAAUCGGCCAAUAUUCUCGUUCUGUGCUGUGGGGCCGAUUAAAAAGAUGGUCAGAUAUCAACUUCCAAUCCAAUAUUUGACCGGAAUAAUAGCAAAUUCCUUUUUAUAAAUAAUUAAAUUAUCUUCCGGGUCAAGCUUGUUAAUCGGAGUUUUAAAUCACUGUUUUUUUUUAAAGCUAACAUGGUUGAAGCUAUGGCUGGGCCUUCAGUGCAAGAACUAAUAUAAAUAUUUUUGAAAGCUUUUUAGGAGAGGAUUUAAGAGAUACUGAUGAUAAUUUUAACAUUCCCCAUGACGAUAUCAGUUGAGAUUCUUCUUCUUAUGAAUCUUAUACAAGUCUUAGUGAUACUAAAGUAGGCCUACUGAGGCUACUGUUAGACUUCGAUGUUGGGCAAGGACUGAUACAGACGCUACAGAUUAUAGAUCAGAACGAAAUAAAUGUUAUAGUUCAACAACUCAAAUUAGUUCCACAGUUCCUUUUUAAAUGUUUACUAGUCAAUAAUAACUAUUUUUUGAGAUUUUUUAUUUUGUACUUGGUUUUAGCUGUGGGCCCAGUUUGUUAUAUAAAUGACCUAAAAUUACUAAAAUUGCUUUCAGAGGUUUAAUUGUAAUCAAAACCUUAGCAAACUAAUCAUUUUCUGAAAGAUAAAUGAAUUGGCUACAACAUUUAGAAAGUGUUUUAAGUGAUGAGCACUUGAAAGCAAGACAUUUUGUUUAAUUUUUUUUUCUUGAGCACUCCAAGGUCAAGGACACUGAGCAAAAUUUUUUUACACGGUGGGCAAUACAGCCAACUUUAUUCCCAUCCAUUUACCUUUAUAAAAAUAUAUACUUAUUGGGGACUUGUAUCAAUAUUUCUGUGUCAUUUAAUGCAAUUUCAAAAGGCACUCAAAAAGCUAUGAAAAGCUCCCUCACUACAGAAAGAUGCAUGCCACAGUUCGAGGGUUAAGACACAUUUUUAAAAUCAACAUGGUUCAUUUCAGUUGCUUAUCAGCAUAAAAGGGCAAUUUGGGAAGAAUAAUACUAACAGUAUAAUAGGAAAAAUAAUUGUUGUGUUUAAAAUUGUGUUUCGAGAUUUAAUUUUAUUAUGAAAAUUUACUUGGAGGUAAAUUUUCAUGAUAAUAAUAAAAUAAAGAAAAUUAUAUUUAUUAAAAAAAAAAGAAUAUUGCUGCAAACAUAACAAAGCAUGUUAUCUCUUUCAAAUAUCUGUAGAUCUCAUAAAAUAACAUUGAAUACACACCUUUUUAUCAAUGUGUCAUGGCCAUGGCUGUUAAUUUUUUAGCUUCAUAAAAUUUUUCUAUAUCAUUUUAUUUGCACAAUUGAAUGCUCCUUAAUUUACAUUGGUUUCUUAAUUCUAAAUAUAUAUUUAUACAUGUAAGUUAAAUUUAAGGCGAUUAGUUUUAAAAUAAAGAAACAUGUCGAUUAUAAAAACAACAGAAUAUCACAAUAUUCACAUUUUUUCACAUGUAAUAAAAUUGAUUUUUUUCUAGCACAUACCAGUAUACAAUAUUACAACACAUUAAAAUUUCAAGUGAAUAAUACCGUAAAUUUUGUUUAAAAGUUACAAGUAAUUUAGACAAGAUAUUAAAUAAAAGUCUAACCCUCAAAAAUUAAAAAUAUUAAAAAAUUGUGAAUAAUAAUAUAGUUUUAAAAGUUUUAAAGGAAAAAUGCAACAAAUGAUAACAUAUAAUUUUAAUAUUAAGUAGCGGGUGCUACAUUAAAAUAGAAUAGAAGAAACAAAAACAAUUUUUCUUUAAAUAAGAGCAAACAUUUAACCAAGUCAGAGGUGUAACCUACUGGUAGUUAGAUAAUGUCAUGAUAAUUUAUUGACAACCUACAGGUAGAUUAUGUCAUAAUCAUAUAACAUAAGUACCUAUCAUUUCCCAGACUACAAUCAUACAGCAUUAGUAGGCCUAAUUACUAUUCUCAAGACCACAGUCAUAUAACAUUAGUACCUAUCAUUUUCAAGACCACAAUGAUAUAACAUUAGUGCCUACCAUUUUCAAGACCACAAUCAUAUAACAUUAGUACCUAUCAUUUUCAAGACCUAGCAUUUGUUGACAACUGAAGGUUUCUUGUGAGCAUUUUCCUGUAUUUAUUCAUUUGUGUAAGAAAAAUAUAUUUAACCAAAUCUAUUAUAAAAUAAAGAGUGAAGAGUCCUUUGAUUUUUAUAUUGGUUUAGAAAUUUCCUUAAAUUCUAUCUUGUUUUUAGACCAGGUAGCGGUCUGUCUUAACUAUAUAUGGUGGAGAUAAAAUUCAAUUUUUUACACUCACAAUCAUAAUUAUAGUAUUCAUAACCAUAGAUUAUGUUAAAAGACUAUAUUUGUAAAGCACUGAAACAUUUAACAGCAUAUUUACAAUAAUAAAAAUAGUAGGCUACUUUGUAAUAGGACUUAAUACAUUUCACUGAAGGAAACUAAGGAAAACAGUUGAGUGCUUACAAUUACAAAAUAAUUAUAGUAGAAAUAGCCUGUAAUUCUGCAGGUAAUAUUAUGAUGGCUUUCCUGAGUUUUAAAAAUAAAACAUAAUAGUAAAAAAUAAAACAUAAUAGUAAUAGGCUAUCAUUAUUUUUUUUAACUCAUUAAUAAAGGGAGCAAAUGAUAUUCGGAUUAUCUGUCUAUAGUAUUCUAUAGUAUAUGCCAUAACCCCCGUCCAUUACAAAAUCAAAUUUAGUAAGAAGAGUAAAUCAAAACACCAUGUGAUACAUUCUUUGAUUUAAAAAUAGAUAUUAACGAAUGUUUGAAUAAUUCAAACAAUUAUAAUAAAACUCAAAUUAGGCUUAGAUACUAGGAGUAGGGCAAUUAUUUUAAACUAUAAUACUUCAUUACGACAUAAUAGGCUAAUGUAUUAAUUAGUCUAUGAAAUGGAAAAUAUAAACAAACCUUCAUUGCCUACAAGCUUUAGGAGUUAUUUUGCAUAUUGGGACUAUAAUUUAAAAGUAAUCGUUUCUGUACCGUUAUUAUCAGACUCUUAUGAUGUGUACAGAAAUAUUUUAAACAGCCUUUUUUGGGGUGACUAACUGUCACUUUAGUAUUUAAAAAAAAUAAUUCUUCUUUGCCAAAUAGAAAUUAACCUUUGCUUUAUUUUUAUAUUUGUGUAUAGUUUUAAAAAUCAAUUUUUUAAAAUAUUUUGUUUUAAAAAUGAUUAUUUCUAAUCCUAGCUUCAUCGCCGACUUGUCUUUUACGCUGAUAACGAACUACAGUCUUUUCAACUCUUAAAUGAGUUUACACUUGUAUGCAAAAUUACAUUGUGCGCAUUUGUGUGUUCGCUAUUGUCAGCAUUCGCAAUUGUCAGUGUGCGCCAUAUGCUUUUGUUGGUGUACGCAAUUUUCUGAGUGUUCAUCUGUCUGUGUGCGCAGUUGUGUCCGCAAAGUUUUCUGUGUGCGAUUAUCGGGUGCGCAUUUGUCACAGGCGCGUUUUUUACAGAACCGAUAUGGUGGUCUGCAUAAAGUAAUCUAAGUUUUUAAUUUUUCUAUGUGAAAUUUAUUUAAAUAAUUUAUGAAAUAAAACUGGUUAAAUAUCUGCUUCUGCCCUCUCCUUUUGGAGGACAUGUUGUCAUACAUCUCUGUCUAUUUCUUUGGUCCCUCAAUGCAGUAUAAUGUUGGAAAAUAAUAUUGGUAAACAUAGGUAUAGGUCAUCUUUACAAGUUUAAAUUAUAUUUUAAUGUUGCCUAAAUGACUCUUGAAACCAGAGAGGUAUUGAGAGGUAUACCAAAAUGUAUUGAUGUACAUAACUUACACAUACUCACAGGCAUAGCACUUGUCUUAUCAAAACUGUUCCAUCUCAUUCUUCUCAUUCAUUAUCAACAGAGUUUAUCAACCCUUACUCUGAACCACUAGGCACAUCCCACAAUUUAUACAUUUAAUUGUUUAAACUAUUUUGAAAAAUAUGUUUAUUAUAAUUUUAGAUUUUUGUUCAAGAGAUUUCCUUUUCCUGUGUCUUUUACAUACACCAAUUGCUUCUGGUUUUCUUGAACCUGAUAGGAUUUUCCAUUUGAAAAAUACAGGAUCAAUCAAAAAAAUCAGAAGAGAUUUUCCUUCUUCUUUGUUUAACAGGCCAAUAUGAAAAAUAAUAUCCAUACACAGUGGGAUUCAUUUCUUGUAGCUGCAAGAAAACUACCAGACCAGUAGUGUUGUAAGUGUUGAGUGGUGCUGUAAGUAUUUUACACAUUAAUUUACAUUUCUGCUUGAUACUUUUAUGUGAUGAGUCAACAUAUUUAUCAACAGAGAAAAACUUCCCCCCAGACCAGCAGGCCAGCGAUCUGAACCAGAAGCCACAAAUGUAAGCUGAUUAUAUAUAUAUAAACAAUCCCAUAUAGUAUAGUGCACUAAACUUUUGUAUGCUCCAUUUACAAAUUACUUAAUUGAGCAGUAAAUGUAAUAAUUAUUUAAUACUUGGUUGCAUUUACAGAUCUUUUUUAAAACAUUUUUAUAUAAAAAAAAAAGAGCCAUCUGUUCUGCUUUCAUUGAGGUAGACUUUUCUUAGACUUACAUGAUUUAAAGUACAGGUAGGAUGGGAAUUUAAGAUCCUUAAAUAAGUUUUUGUAAAAAAUUCUGUAUACAGCACCAGGUACUUAUCUCUUUAACAACUCAGUAGCAUUGAAGUUGAAGGCAGAGAAUGUUGCUUGUUAUAUGCUUACUGUUGGCUAAGGGACUCUUUGCAACAAACAAUAAUAAUGAUACCAGACUGUAGGAUGUCAGUAUAAAAUAUAGACUAUAUUUGAGUAUUUGGGAUUCAGAGAAAUCAAAACUGGUCGUCCAGUUAAUGAGGGUUAUUGAAACUCUUCUCCUCCCACAAGACAGAACAUGUCUUUGUACAGUGUCUUAAUGUUUUAAAUAAUUCGGUUACAGAACAAUCAUUAGUCAUACUGAUUUUUAUAACUUUAAAUAAGCAUUUGGAAUGAAUGGUUGUUUUUUUGGCAUAAAAGCACUGAUGUUUUUUAUAAUUAAAUUUUUUUUUUUUUUUUACAGUUGUUACAUAAUUUUGGAUUUGGUGGCGAUAGCAACUUCCAGUUUUCUUUUGGUAUUGGUGCUUUUCCCUUUGGAAUGUUUGCAUCAACUCUGAACUUCAAUGAUGGAAGACCCGGUCCUCGUAAGUUUUUCUUAAAGAAUAUGCAAGUUGAUUUUGAGUAAUUUGAAAUGAAAGGGCUAACUCCCCCUUCCUUAUAUUUAUUGAGCUGGAUCCAUAUUUAUAAUUGGAACUCAUUUGCUUGAUGAAAAUUAAAUGAUGGGUUUAUGCAAACUACAUAUAAUGUUGUAUUAUGUAUAUUAGUUUUGAUAGGGACAAUUAACAUCAGGACGGCCAACUUCAUUCUGGUUUCUCUUUAUCUUUUUAAAUAUUAACUUUUGAAGCAAACAGAUGCUCUGCUCUUAGUGCAGAUGUAAAAUAUUUGUUAGAGUGGGAAUUGGAACUGUACUAGCAAAGCUUCCUUUACAGGAGUUACCAUAAAUUGUGCAUAGAAAAUUGAGGUUGCCAGUCCUUUAGUUAUAUAACCUAACAGAACAAACUAAAUUAAUUCAAUCAGAAAAUUUUUAUGAUUUUUAACCCUUUACAGUCCAAACCUAUUCAGCCUUGUCUGCUCCCAGCGCCCAAGCAAAGGGACAUAACUCCAUUUUAAAUGAAGGUUCUUUAUCUAAUUAAUUUACAGAAAAUAAACUAGAAGCAACAAAAUAAAAUAAAAACUACCUAAAUACAAAGAAAUGAUUAAAGCAAAAGUUAAACCUAAAAAUAGUUUCAGAGACCCUCCCACUCAUGAAAUAGUGAAGCUUCAUUAGGCCUAAGUUCUUUCAAAAGUGUAUCCAAGGCUUAGAUAGCCAUUUUUUACAGCGAAAAAAUCGCGACUUUUAAAAAAAUCAUAGAAAAUAAGCCCCUAAACACACCGCGGUCAAACUAGUAUCGAAAUAAAUGCCGACAACGAGGCUUUCUUCCGGUAGAACUAUAAAUAGUAAUGCGCAAUGGAUUUCCGCUGUGCUAAGAACGAAAGUAAACACCUCGAAACGGGCGGGUUCGGCCGCAUCGGACUGUAGGCUUAAGGAAAAAAAAAUGCCGACAACGAGGCUUUCUUCCGGUAGAACUAUAAAUAGUAAUGCGCAAUGGAUUUCCGCUGUGCUAAGAACGAAAGUAAACACCUCGAAACGGGCGGGUUCGGCCGCAUCGGACUGUAGGCUUGAGGAAAAAAUCGGCGCAUUUCGGGCGCAUCGGACUGUAAAGGGUUAAAAAGAAAAUGAUUUCUAUUUAAUCAUAUUUUUUUGCUCUUUUCCCUCCAUCCAGCACAACCUAAUUCACCACAACAAGCAGAAGAGCAGUUUCUCAGCAAAGUGUUUUUGUGGGUAGCCAUCAUAUUUAUCUUCUGGCUUCUCAUAGCGUGAAAAAAAAAAAAGUCCAUCAAAAUGUAAAUAUUUCUUGCCUUGUUGUUUCUUCAGAAACUCAGGGCCCAGACCGUCCCAUCAGGGAUUCUGGAUCCUGUAGUACUGCUCACUAGAAGAUACUUAUCCAUGUUCAAAUGUGCUGUCACCAAGCCAUUGGCUGUUUGGUCAGUAAAGAGUUGUCAGGAGAUAAUUUUGUUCAGUAGACAUUGGUGCUGUUGGUGUAGGAUUAUCAGUGAUGAUUCCCUAAACUCCUAGUAAAUCUGAAAGUUAGGCUAUGUCUUUUGUAUUUGAAAAUGCAUUGUUAAGAGUGUUUAAAAACAUAGUUUACAGAAAUAGCCAUUUUAAAAAGAUAUGUCAAAGACUGAAGAAAAAGGGGGGGGGGGGGGUUUGCAUAGUUUUCAACAGCUCAGUUUAUAUAAAGUAUUAAGUCCAAAUUUGGCCAUUCUAGUUUAAUUUUCUCCUGCCUUAAAAUCUCAUUACAUUUUUAACAAAUGCUGAUGAGAUAGUCUUUACUAGAUUGUCAUUUUAAAAAAAUUCUCCCGCUGUAAAUAUAACAUUACCAUUUGUUGAUGUUAUUCAUCAAUCUAUAUUCACCAUCUUCAAUGCCUGGGCUGGAUUUGUGUAGUGGCUUCUAAGUUCACUGGAUCAGAUUAAGUAUAACAUUAUAUAUUUUUUCUUUCCUUUUUUUUCUUGGUAUAUACAGUUGUUUCCAUUUUAAUUUGAAUAUUUUGAGGAUUUUUCACUAACCUGGUUAAAUCUAAUCAAUCAUUUUCUGUAAAUAUAUUAUAUCAUAUUUCAUCAUGGCAUUGUAGAAACGUUAUUUUGGUAGACAUUAUAAUAUAAACAAGAUUUUAAGCAUUUAAAUCAAAUAUUUAAUGUUUGUGUAUUGUGAGAUAAUGGCCAUAUUCUUACAUAAAUAAUUUCUAAUACAGAAAUAUUGACAUCGCACUGCAAGUAAAUUCUAAAGUUUAAGAAAUUCACAUAAAAUUGAUCUCAGCUUCAAUUUGAAUGCAUCCACCUGUCAUUUUUGUUGUUUUUAUUUGUGCACACAAAAAAAGUAAUUACAUUUUCUUUAUUAAAAAAAAUCUGGUUCAUUCAGUUUUUAAUUUUUUUUUUUAUUUGGAGAGAUUUUUUGCACUUUUAAAAAAAUACAUUUUUUUCCACCGCAACCAUAAAAAAGUCACUUUCCAGAGAACAAAAUGGUGAUUUUCAAACUGAGUGCAUAUCAUGACAGUAAAAAGUGUGUCAAACUUGCAACACUAGUGAUCCAUUCAACUUACAAGACAUGGUUUUAUAAAUAAUGUUCUAUCAUAAUGUAUGUGGUUUCCAUUGGGGGUGGUGGGGGUUGAUCCAAUAUGUUGUGAACAGUAUCUUUGUUCUGUGAUACGAUUUUGUAAGGUAUGAUACAUUUAUUUUGAUGUGUGACUGUGUGACAAAUUUCUGACUGCUUUGAAGAAGAGCAUUUUUGUUUUAUGAAAUCUUAAAAAAAAUUUUUUAAAUGUUACUCUUGAUCCCCCACUGAAAAAUGUUUAUAAUAAACUUAACUCAAAGUUUAUAAUAACAAAUAUUUGAUGUAAGUAGAUAAUAUAAUGGGAAAUUUAUAUUUAGUGGCUUAAGAUUAAUUACAAAAUUUAAUAUCUGACAGUAAAUUUGUAAGAUUUUUAGCUUUAAAUGCUAUUUACUUGUCAGCCAAAGGUGCAAUACCAACUCGGAUAAGUAAGGUGGGCUUUCCCCUGGUUAAAUUUAAACAAUUUUUUUUGUAUGCCUUAACCCUCUUUUUAUAUAAUUUAUUAUCAAAGUAAAUUACAUAUUAUUUUUAUUGCAUAUAUAUCACACCCUGCAAAUGUUAUAUGAAUAUUUUCACAUCUUCAUAAAUAAAGUUAUAUCUUCAACCACAAUAUAUAUUUAUUAAAAUAUUAUUAGAAAUAAUUGCUCAGUAUUUUGCAUUGAAUUGUAAAGUCUAAAUUCUAACUUUUGAAAAGAGUUUGAAUGUUUUUCCUGAAUAGACAAAGAUUAUAUUAUUAUUAGAUAUUUCUACUGUGCAGAAUUUUAUCCUUAGUGUUUUCUUUUUUUGUUAUUUUAGGAGUCUAUUGUUUGUGUUCUUUGCUGAUAUAUUGCCUUAAAAGAAAUAAAAAAUCCUUCUAUGUGUGGUUCUGUGGUGUUAUUAUUUUAAAAUCACUUUUAUUUGACAUGUACAUUUACUCUAGGAGAUUAUGUACCAUGUGAAAGUCACCUAAUCAGAGUUUUUUUGUGUGUGUGCAUAUUUUUAGACUUAACUUAAUGGAUUCUUUUUAGACCAGAGUUUCUUAAAUGAGGUAUUAUAAUUGAUUUGGGUUUCUUUAGAAAAUAAUAAUUUUGCUUAACAAAAGCAUUGGUUUAAGUGAGACAAGCUGAACUUUCACUUUCAUUAUAGACCUACAUUGUUAAAACAAAAGAAAGGCUUUGUGUAUCAUCCCAUGAAAUGAAAUUCCCAGUACAAAAUUCAAAUUAGUAUUUUUUUUGACCAAGUUCAGUACAGCCAUGUGGUGUAGAGAAUAAAAUACAGCAGUUUUGUAAUGUUGUGCAAUGAGGUCAAAAUUUGAUUUAAAAAUUCUUUCCCCCACCAUUUAUGUCAUUGCCUUGCUGAUGCUUAUUUAAGCUUUGAAAACGUUGGCGGAAUAUAUAUAUAUAUAUAUAUAUAUAUAUAUAUAUACAUUUCAUAUCCUGUUUGUAGAUCUUUUGGAAAAAAAUAAAUUUUAAACUUUUGAGUAGUUGUUACAAGCUUUAGUUUAAAUCAUGUUCAAACGAUGACUAUCAUUAAUUUGCACUAACAUAGCAAACCUUCUUUUGGGAGUAACAGCUUUCUUCAAUCAACCUUUUGAAACUUGUUUGAAUUUAUUAUUCUAGUUGUGAGGCAACAACAUGGAAUACUAUACUCAUUGAAAUAAUUUUUUAAAUUGGUUGAUUUUAAGUAUUAUCUAAAAAUUUGAUGGCUGUUAAUCUUUAAUUUUUUUUCAGUGGGAUAUGAUGCUUUACCUUGGGAAAUGAAUUGUUGCUCAUAAGAAUAAAGAAUUUAUAUGUAUGUGUGUGUAUAUAUAUAUAUAUAUAUAUAUAUAUAUAUUAUCCUUUUAAACAUUGGAUUAUAAUGCAAACAAAAAUAGUAUUCCUUGAAUUAGUAUGAUUUAUUUCCUCAUGGCAUAAGCAAAGUAUAAUUUGUGAUUAGACUUAUUAAUGAAGAUUAUUUUAAAACUGAUGAUUUUUUUUUCCCCCCAGUUUUGUAGGUGGCUAAUUAAAACUGAUAUGGUUUUUGGCAUUGCCAUUGGUUUUAUUUAUUUUUCUUGAUCAGUUCAUUACUGUAGCCUGGCCUUUCUUAGCUACAAUUGGUAUAUCAUCAUCUUUUGUUAUUUUUUGUUUGUACAACUAAAUGUCUUCACAGGAAAGGAAAAUAAAGGUGAAGGUGAAAUCUAUUAUAAGUUGACACACAUUUAUUUAUAAGUACCGUACCUGCCAUUUGUUAUUUAAUUUAAUGCAACCAUCUGAAAAUACUGUAAUUAAAAUAACUGUAAUUAAUUAGUAUGCUGACUUUGGACGUGUAUGGUGAAUGUUUUAAUUUCAAACUAUAAAAAAAAUAUUUAAAAUCAUAAUGUUAAACAUCAAUUUUGUAUAAAUUUGAUUCUUAAUGAUAUUCAAAUCUACAGCCAAUUAAACUGAC